UAUACUGUUUACAGGUGCGGAUGUGGCGUGUGAUUCUGCGUGUCACAAUGGGGAGAGACGAUUGAUUGAUCAAGUGGUUUCUUGCCAAAUCAACCAUUUUUAUCAACUGCUUUUCACUCCGUCCACGUUCUUUGUUGAUACCCUGCGAUCCCAGAAUAUCACGGGUAUCGAUGUUGGAACAUGGAUGCCCCCGAAUUCUGCAGGGGAAAGAACAAGAACCACGCAUUUCACAGUACCUGUGACUGGACCCGGUUUCUCGAAGAUUGCUGCCACUCAGUACUUGCGAAUUUUGUCCUGUUCGAAACACGGUUACCUCUACUCAGUCGAUGCCAAAAUGACGCACUCAGGGAUACCUUACGGGGAGAGCUUCUACGUGCAAAUUCACUACUGCGUUCAACGACUCGGGCCAAACUCCACGAGGCUAAUUGUGUCUGCUGAGCUUAAAUAUGUCAAAAACGUGUGGAGGUUUGUCAAAAAAUUUAUUGAAGACAUUGCGUGGUCAUCACUGGAGAAGUUUUACAAGGCCCUUGGAGAGCAAGUCCUGAACUUGAAUUCGAUGAACACGGAACAACGAAAGGUGUUGAUGUCGGUGUCACAGUUCCACGCGGCUGCGCCUUCGGAAGAAGAAGAGGCUGCAUAUUUGCAAGCUGGUAUGAGGCGCAAAUCCUUGAGCUCAACUGCACUGGACAAACUUUUAGCCAACACUGGAGAAUCGCAGAACACUGCUUCUUCGGCUGAAGAUGUGAAACAUCAGAAGCCAUCAGUUAGUCCAUCACAUUUGCUUCUUCCUGGUGUGCCACCUACUCCUCCGCCACGACGAGCUCGUUCUCGCAAUGGAUCGGCAUGCUCGACUCCUAAUGCGAAAUUCAGCAGAGCAACAAGAAAGGUACUGGGUGCAACUCCGUAUGAAAGGAAGUUGGUGAUGAGUAUGAAAGCUGAAUAUGCCAACGAAGGAACGAAACAAUCGGAUGAAGCACCAAAGGAUUUCACCAGAAAGCUUGGAAAAUACUUGAAUCCUGUUGCUGAAGUCGUCACGAAUAUUCCCCGACGUUUGCCGGACAUACAUUUAAUUUGGGUGCUCCAUUUGCUGCUUCUUGCAUCAUUGUUGACCCAGCAUUGGUCAACAAGUAUUCGACUCGCAAAUUUGGAAGAAAAGAGCUUGAUUGUAAUGGAAUCUUGUGCG